ACUGUUAAUCCCCCCAAACACACAAACAGACCGUGUCUGAGCAAUUAACAAUGGCGGCAGCGGCAGCGGCAUCUGUGGGAAUCGCAGUGAAGACGUUGUUCAUCGUACUCUUUAUUACGAUGGUAGCUUCAUUUGCUUACUUACUAACCAUUGAUGGGUUAGGUUCUUGUUUCAACCUAAACGCAAGGUGGAUGGUAGCGGGAGUAACAGAUUUUACCAUAAAAAUAGUUGUUAUAGGGGCAUGGCUCGUGUACAAGGAAUCGAACUUGAUGGUGCCGGUUGCUUUAAUAGCUUCAGCCUUUUUGCUUGGAAGCGUUACUACAUGUGGAUACAUCAUUGUGCAGUUCUUCAAGUUGUCACGUGAAGAAUCCUCAAAAGAUCCAUUAUAUUUUGUGUUGGUCAGACGUCAUAAAACGGAUCAUAUUACUGUGGGAGUUUCUAUUGUAACUGCAAGAGUAAUCAUUUCUGCACUAGGCUGCCUGAUGCUGGGAGUCUUAAUUUACACGGGUCUUGCUGAUUGGCUUCCAUCUCAUCCCAAACCAUUCGCACGAUGCAUAUGGACAUUUGCCACUGACCUCUAUAUUCACAAUGUCAUUUUAUCGGUGUGGGUGGCAUAUAAGGAAUCAAGCUGGAUAAGUGCUGUCUCAUGGGUACUUUCAAUUUUAUGUUUGGGAAGCAUUGCUAUAUGUGUAUACAUAGUUUGGCAGCUGUACUGCCUCUCACCUCAACAGCCUAUUUCCCUUUUAAUUUUCAACAAUAAAAACAGAGAUUUGCAGACAAAUGAUCCGUUGUUGAUGGCGCAUCCCAAUGUAUAACUAUAAUACGCUAAGUGAACAUUUGAUUUCUUUUGUAGUUGUAAAUGACCAGGUCAUAUGGGUUUUUUUCCUCGUUUUAAAAGCGAAUAAAGAAGUGGAGUUUGUGACUAUUAUGGGUCCUGAUUUUUUUAGCAUUUCAGUUGUGUAUUUGCCUAUUUAAAGGCCACUUCAUAUUUGAAUGAGAUUGACUGUAGAGCUGCUGCAUAUCUUUCUA